AUGUCUCUCUGGUUCUACGAGCCUUUCGCUGAUUUCGACCGCCUCUUCGAUGAGGCGUUCAAUGCCCGCGCUGGCAACGGGACUGUGUCUCGCCAGAGGCAAUCAACCACCCCCACUGUCCUCAGGCCAAGGAUGGACCUCCACGAGGACGCCGAAAAGAACGCCGUCACUGCAUCGUUCGAAUUCCCUGGUCUCAAGAAAGAAGAUGUCAAUAUCGACUUCCACAACGGUCGCUUGACCGUGUCCGCCGAGAGCAAUGCAUCUUCGGAGAAGAACGAGGACGGCUACGCCGUGCGCGAGAGGCGCUACGGCAAGUUCUCUAGAACGCUGCAGUUGCCUCAGGGCAUCAAGGACGAAGAUAUCAAAGCCACGAUGGAGAAUGGAGUGUUGAAUGUGACAUUCCCCAAGACAACUCCUGAGUUGGCCCCUAAGAAAAUCACCGUCGCCUAA